AUGCACGGACGAAUUCAAGGGAAGCACCCAGUAUACCUUCCAGCAGAUGCCAUUUUCACAAAGAAGCUUGUACAGCGAAUCCACACUGAAACCCUUCACGGGGGCAUGUCCCUGACCAUGGCCGCCAUUCGCGAGGAAUUCUGGAUCCAGACCCUGAGAAAAUUAGUGAAGUCUGCAAGAUCAACCUGUUGGGGCUGGAAGCGUUUCCGUGCAUUAUCAGUAACAGCACCACUCCCUGGACUGCUUCCUACAAAGCGUACUAACAUCAGAGGAGCUUUCGAGGUCAUUGGGACCGAUUUUGCGGGACCAAUCCUCUACAAGUUGCGAAACAAAACAGAAGGGAAAGCAUAUUUGGUCAUUUUCUCGUGCAGCUUGUCAAGGGCAGUACACCUGGAACUAGUCACAAACCUAGAAACCAGUAAGUUUUUGUCAUGCCUAAGACAGCUGAUAGCAAGAAGAGGACGUCCGAGUGUGAUAUACUCCGACAACGGAAGUACGUUUGUAAAAGCCGCAAAAUGGCUGAAGCAAGCAAGAGGAGAUGAAGAGUAUAAUGGGUUCCUGGAAUCGCAUGAUAUUCAGUGGAGAUUCAACUUGAGUCGCGCGCCAUGGUGGGGCGGACAGUUUGAACGGCUGAUUGGCAUUGUGAAGACUGCUAUGUACAAGGUUAUUAGAAGAGCAACCCUUUUCUUGGGAUGA